AAACAGGGUUGCUUAAAUCUGGCCUUCACGUAGGGUUUUUGCCUACUUUACCCAUUAAUACAAGAAAAUGGCUCGUGCUUUGGAGACUGACCCAAUCAAUGAACUAGAAGAAAAUCUGCAAUGUACUGUAUGUCGGUACCGGUUAAAAGACCCGAGAACUCUUCCUUGCUUCCACUCAUUCUGUAAAGAUUGUUUGGAAGACGUUGUGAAAACAAUUCGUGACGAAGCACUUCCCGGUCGACCAGUUCGAAAGUUUCCAUGUCCAAAUUGUCGAGAGAUGUUUACACUCGAUCCUGACAAAAAUGUCGCCGACAUGAGAAGAAAUCAUUUCAUCUGCAACAUUGUAAAAGCGACAGCCGAACUAAAAGAUUAUAAAGAACAAUUCACUUCAAAUAACGAGGCAAUGGACGGUAUUUUAACUGAAGGCCAUGUCAUUGUUGAACGAUUAACAAGUACGACGGAAGAACUUGAUCGGGACUUACAAAUUGGCAAGAGUAAAGUUGUACAAGGUGACGGAUUAAUGGACAGGGAAACCGUUGAAACGUUGAAACAGGCUGAAACGAAUCUAAACGAAGUAGAUCAGGUUCAAAAAGCUGAAGAACAACGUCCCAAAGCUGCAGGCUUCGUUACAACGAUUGACAGUGACUUAUAUCACUACCUGAAACAAAGUCAUCCUGCCCAGCUCUCCCAUGCCUUGAGAGAGCCGCAGCCGAGCAUCGAGGCGAAAGGAGAUUUGGUACAUUUUUCAUUUUCCAGCGAAGAAACAAAAGAACACUUCCUUACUGAUAUGAAAGCAUUCAAAUGCGAAAUCGUAUCGAUUAAGCCUGCUCUGCUCGAACAAGGAUUAAAGAAAGAGUUGCAAGAAAUAUUCUCAGUGUUCAACGCUAGCGUUGCUAAAUCAGUUUCCUUCAUCGAGAGAUAUGGCGAAGGCUUUCUAAAGCUUGUCGGAAGAGCAGUGACUACAUUUAAUACGGCUCAUGAGGAGGUGAAAAAGUGUGUUGCCAAAGCUGAAGAGCAAACUAAUCGACACGAAGAUACGAUAGAAUUAUUAGCUGUUCAUCUGAAGUUGCUUCAACACUCAACAAAAUUUCAAAAGCAAGUAUUUACAAUAUAUAGUAAUUACCAUUACAAAUAA